AUGUCCAAAUUCAACCCCAGAUUCCUCAUCGUCAGUCUCGGCAACCCCCUCCCCGAAUACUCUAGCCUUCACUCAGCCGGUCAUUUUGCCCUCCAGGGCCUCCCCAAGGUCCUGCGCCAACCUAGUCUCCAAAGCAGCAAAAUCGGCAAGCUCUCGUGCCUCGUCUCUCAUGGCUCCAAGUAUACGCUCAUCCAGUCGCCCACAUUCAUGAACGUCAGCGGGCCCUUUGUCGUCAGUGCGUGGAAGGAGAUGCUCAAGCAGCACGACGCGGCCUCGCUCAGCCUCGUGGUCCUGCACGACGAGCUGGAGAAGACGCUGGGACAGGCGGCGCUGGUCGCGUGGGACCGCAGCCCGCGCGGACACAACGGCAUCAAGAGCGUGAAAAAGGCCCUGCGCGAGGACAAGUACCCGCAGAGCCCACUGGUGAGGAUCGCGGUCGGCAUUGAUCGGCCGCAGGCGCGCGACCCGGACACAGUGGCAAGCGAAGCAUGCUGCGAGCGAAUCGGCAGAUGUCCCAGGACGCAUCGAGCAAAGAGUACAGCAUCGGAUGAGCGACAUCGGCCACCACCGCAGCAAAUCCGCGAUUUCUCUCCUUUCUGCUCUGGUGAGCCUCUGGGGAGCCAAGAGAUAAGCUCCACCCCCAUCACUGCGGUUAUCAGUCAUCUCGACCAUGACUGGAAAGGGGGAGUGAGGCUGCUCAAGGGUGCGGGCCGUCGCAGUGUCGCAAUUGGGCCGUUGAAGCUUAUUCUCUGCGUGGCCCCUGACGGACGUUGGCAGCUAAAUGAGAUGUUCAACGCCAGCAGUGCAGAUGCUCGAAGCAAGCACGGCCGCAAUGCAACCCUGCGAUGCAGAUCAAAAGCGGCUGUGCUCUACUGGACCUGGUUUUAUUUAUGUUCGGUGAAGCGCUUCGUGUACCAGCAAGUGUGUGCCUCACCAGCCCUGAGCAGCCUGCCACUUAUACAUCUCCCGAAACCUCCCGACAACCAACACUUUGAUAAGAAGCUGAACACACACAAUUUCGCGUUGCCCGCCAAGGACACCGGUCCCGUACUCGACCUCCAGCCCAUGAACCUGUCGUUAUCGAUUCGCCAUGCACAUAUUCAAUAG